UCGGUCCGUCCGUGAGGGCGGAGGGGCCGCGCUGCCGGGCGCCCGGUUGGUAUCGCAGAGCUCGGAGCGGCUGUGCGGGGGUUGGCGGAGGGCAGGGAGCAGAGAGGAGAGAGGGCGGCCUGGGCUGCGAGCUGUGCGCCUCCAGGUGGGGCCCGUUGGUGCCGGUUGAAAGGCUGAAAUUCUCCGAGCCCCGGUCCGCCUGAAGGUCUGAGCUGGCAGGCGCUCGUGUCUGAGAGUGAAUAUCUUCUGUCUGUGCCUCUCCCACCCAGAAGACCCUCCUGCCUACCUCAUGCUGUGCUGCCAUCCAGGUCUGAUGCAGCCCCUUCUGUGCUCUGACACAAAGAUUUCAGGUGGGUACCCCAGUUCCCUGCCCACUAAGCCGCUCUUUAAUGUCACGCUUAUGCUUUUUUGCUAUUACUAAGCAGGAGAUUGCCUGGGGAGUGUGGUUUCCGUGGGCAGGGCACUGUAUGCUGGUGGGUCUGGAGGUUUUGUCGGUGCUCACUUCACAUCCUGCUUCUUUCAUGGUGGAAAGACUCCAGUGCUUAUUUUGAAUGAGGAUCUGUUCCCUCCCCUGGGCUCUGGCUGGCCCAGCUCCGGGUAUGAGGGGCCCUCCUGCUCUGACAUCACGUGCUGCAGGAGAGGUUUCAUGCAGGAGCUUGGCGGCUGAGUGGUGGACUGCCUGUUAUGGCUGGAUGGUUUAGGCGGCUCCUGCAGAAGCCCAAGCAGAGCUCCAUCCACACAUCGAGCAGCUCUCAUAGCAUGACCAGCCACUCACUGUCGUCCUCACCCUCCUCCUUCUCCUCCUCCUCCUCUUCUGCUUGGAGCUCCAGCUCCUCCAGCAGCACCAGCACAGCUCGGCCUGGCCGCCCAGCCCCAGUGGACAUCAGCAGCUCGAGCAGCGCGCGCUGGGCGAAGAGCUACGAUGUGUGCAUCUGCCACAGUGAGGUGGACCUGGAGUUUGUGGAGGAGCUGGUGUCCUACCUGGAGAGCCAGCCCCAGAGCCUGCGCUGUUUCCUGCAGCUGCGGGACAGCGUGGCGGGCAGUGCUGUCGUGACAGAGCUGUGUGAGGCUGUGCAGAACAGCCACUGCUGGGUGAUGCUCAUCACCCCCAGCUUCCUGCAGGACCCCUGGUGCAGGUACCAGAUGCAUCAGGCACUAGCAGAGGCCCCGAUGGCCAACGGGCGUACCAUCCCUGUGCUGAAGGACAUUGACAGGAAAGAUUACCCCAGGGAGCUGAGGAACCUCUACUACAUCUACACGGCCCUCAAGGAGAACAGCUUCAGGCAGAUCAGGGACACUGUGCUGCGCUAUCUGGAAGAGCUGUGCCGGAACUCCACGAGUGGAAUGGAGUAGUGCCCACCGAGGGCACUUGUGUCUGAGCAAAGCUGGAGGCAUUUCUGUGGGCAUUUCAGAGCAAUGGGACAAAGUGGUGCCACUGGGGCUGGAGCCGAAGACCCUUCACAUCACUGCUGAGCUGCCAUCGUGCCUGCCCAGCCCCAGUGUGCUGAGGGUUGGGGCUCUAUGGGGACAAGGCUGGGGACUGCAUCGCUCGAGCGUGUCAUGCAAACACUAAAUUCCCACAGGGGGGCUCUGCAGCGACUUCUGAGGAUGAGGGCACUCAGGGUGCCUGGAUCCUCCUGUGCAAGCUGAUGCCACGAGGAGCUUGCAGCUGGAGCACGUUUGUUCUGUGGGGGCAUCAUGUUGCACACUGUAUGAGGAGAAAUGCACAAGUCUGAUUUUUAA